AUUUCUCGUCCGCGGGCACUGCGGGCCAUGACAUUGACAAGCACACAAGAAUCCAUCGUGCCAUCCCAUCACCAGCUUCACUGCCAACCACCCAUCCUGCCAAUUAUUGUCGAUCCCCCAGCUAUCAGAUUCAGAAUCUUCUGUGCCUCUGAAGGAUUCGCACUUCUAAGCUUCCCUCAGAACCUCAUCUCAGCAUCUUCUGAUCCUUCAUAAGACAUCCUCUUUUCCAUCGCGUCGCACAAAACCCAGCCAACCGCUUUCAUCUUCAUCCGGCCCUCCGCCCCAGUGCACAUCUACCACCGUUCUCACAUCUCUCUUCAUCAUCUCCAUCGCAUAUCUCUCGACAAUCUGCCCCCACUGAGACUCAUUUGUCAUAGUUGGUUGGCUGGUCAGCUUCACUCCACUCAUCGAUUCAAUCGUCUUUAUAUCACGCGGUUCAAUCCGGAAUCAUCUUAUCUCUUUGCACUUUCAAGGCCCUCUUUGCGCGUUCAAGGGGGCCGACAACGUUGGCCCGACCACUCUCGACCAGGUCACGGUGAGGCCUCGUCUGCAAGAAUGAUCCACCAAAGCCGGAUGAUUCCCUCAACACCUCCUACGAUGGCGACCAAUUUCUACUCCUCCUCGGUCGAACCAUUUCCUCUGUUCAUCGACUCCGCUCCUCCCAAUUCCGCAAACUACUUUUCUUCUCCCAUCGCCAUGGCGGCCAUCCAGCUCCUCGCCGCCAAAAGCCCCCAUCCUCCUAAUCGAUCCAGACUAAGCAUCUCCAUCCCACCGAGGAUAACUAAUUAUGUCCGCCUUCGUUACUACCAAUACGAAGUCACCUUUGGACUUUACAUGUUGACUCGGCGCGAAAAGCUCAUCUUCAACACCAUGCUUCUUUCUAUUCUCGCCGCCAUCCUGUACACGCUCUGCUGGGGCUUACAAGAUUUUCUCAUCAGCUGCCUUUGCAAGCUCAUUUAUUACGUCUACGGUUCCUUCUCCAACGCUCCCGAAAUAUGUUCACAACAAGGUUUGACCAAUUUGAAUGCUACAUGAUGUCAUGACAGCACCUUGUCGGUCACUCCGACUCUACCGUCCGGGAACAAAGGAACUUCCUGAGUCAGGAUCCAAAGAAUCAAGAUCGUCCUCGAAUGGAAACGACUUAUCGUCUUGCGAUGAGAUAUAACGAUCGUUCAUCGUCGUCUGAGACACAAGACUUGAGGCUGGGUUGAAUACAACCAGAAGGGCAUCAGACCCACCCACCAUCGUUGCCAAAGCCACCGAUUGAUGUGUUGUAUGUGAAUUAUGGAGGAUUUAACUCUGAGAGGAUCAAAGGAUCUACAGGUCCGGUCAAAGGAAGCCAGACCAACGAAGCAAGAUCCAUGGAUUAUCAUGGAUUGAUGAAUUAUUUAUAAGCCAGCGCUUUAUUUUGCCAAUGAUGUAUCAAAUGAAGAUAAUUACUAUUGUA